GUGCCGCGAGGAGGAGCGCGAGCGCGAGGCCAAGCGCCUCAAGGAGUUCCUCGAGGACUACGACGACGAGCGCGACGACCACAAGUACUACAAGUGAGUGCCGCGAGGAGGAGCGCGAGCGCGAGGCCAAGCGCCUCAAGGAGUUCCUCGAGGACUACGACGACGAGCGCGACGACCACAAGUACUACAAGUGAGUGCCGCGAGGAGGAGCGCGAGCGCGAGGCCAAGCGCCUCAAGGAGUUCCUCGAGGACUACGACGACGAGCGCGACGACCACAAGUACUACAAGUGAGUGCCGCGAGGAGGAGCGCGAGCGCGAGGCCAAGCGCCUCAAGGAGUUCCUCGAGGACUACGACGACGAGCGCGACGACCACAAGUACUACAAGUGAGUGCCGCGAGGAGGAGCGCGAGCGCGAGGCCAAGCGCCUCAAGGAGUUCCUCGAGGACUACGACGACGAGCGCGACGACCACAAGUACUACAAGUGAGUGCCGCGAGGAGGAGCGCGAGCGCGAGGCCAAGCGCCUCAAGGAGUUCCUCGAGGACUACGACGACGAGCGCGACGACCACAAGUACUACAAGUGAGUGCCGCGAGGAGGAGCGCGAGCGCGAGGCCAAGCGCCUCAAGGAGUUCCUCGAGGACUACGACGACGAGCGCGACGACCACAAGUACUACAAGUGAGUGCCGCGAGGAGGAGCGCGAGCGCGAGGCCAAGCGCCUCAAGGAGUUCCUCGAGGACUACGACGACGAGCGCGACGACCACAAGUACUACAAGUGAGUGCCGCGAGGAGGAGCGCGAGCGCGAGGCCAAGCGCCUCAAGGAGUUCCUCGAGGACUACGACGACGAGCGCGACGACCACAAGUACUACAAGUGAGUGCCGCGAGGAGGAGCGCGAGCGCGAGGCCAAGCGCCUCAAGGAGUUCCUCGAGGACUACGACGACGAGCGCGACGACCACAAGUACUACAAGUGAGUGCCGCGAGGAGGAGCGCGAGCGCGAGGCCAAGCGCCUCAAGGAGUUCCUCGAGGACUACGACGACGAGCGCGACGACCACAAGUACUACAAGUGAGUCACGCGCUUCGCGUGUGACGCGUCCCACUCGAGUGGUGCGAGGCUGACCGACCCCUAGGGGUUGCAAGUCCCGGUACUAAGGAGUGUUACUGAAUUACCGGCACCAGGUCUAAGCCAGUACCGGGAAAACCGGGAAAUUCGGGAAUUUCGGUACCCACGUGAAUGUUUCUUAAAACAAAUCACCUAAUUUGUACGUAAUUUUAAUAAAA